GAGGCCCUUUAGAAAGCCUCGAGGCGUGAUCGGCUGCUAGACGUAAACAAAGUCGAGUGCGUGAAAUAUUGCACCAUAUUUUUGUACUCAGAUAUUUCAUGACGCAUAUAAAAGAACAAUCAUUAUUAUAAGUGCAAGGGAAACUAAUAUAAAGUGAAAUUGGGGGCUGAUAGAGAAUAAUGAAGAAAAAUACGUGGAACUGAAUAACUGGGAAACAACAGCUUACAUGGGUUUAUUACCUGUGUCAUGAUUCACCUGCCAGGCUGCUAAUUGACUGCCAUCAAGGAGAGUAAAGUAAUGCAUGCUCAAGAUUGUGUAUACGCAAGCACUUGAUACAUUUCAGAAGUUUCUAUAGUAUAUCAAAGAAGUAUUGAGUGUAUUGUUCUAAUCAUCUUUGAUGAUGUUAGAGAGAGUGUGGCUUAUUUCAAUACCACAUAUACAAUUCUGAUAAACAACAGUACAUUAACUAAAAAUUAACAUCAUCACAAGAGGAACUGUAGCUAACAGUGCCUCAUUAUAGGCAGAACUGAACUACAUUAUGGAUGCGCUUGAAGACGUCAUGGAUGCUCGCACUGAGCUUUUAUCUGAUGAUGCGGUGAUAUGCGAGGACAGCUUGCAUGUCAAGAUGUCACAGUUCUUUGGGAAGCUGGCACGGGGCCUUGGCUGGGGCCCACAGCCAACCAAGGUGAACAGUGUCAACUGGAAUGACUAUGCCAAUCGGGCUUUUACCCUUGUUGAAGGUCCCUUUAUCAUUGCUCCACUUGCUGAAGAUGACAUAAAGGAGGAUCCAAAUUUGGCCUUUGAGCUUAUCAUACACAAAGAGAUUAACAGUUCUCGCAAUGCUUACAGCCUUCUGAGGUCAUGCACAGAAGAUGAGGCCAAGAAAGCAUAUGAGGCAUACCGUAAAAUCCUGGUGCCUCUUGUGGAUUCCUGUGGAAAGGAAGUUCUCUGCCACAAUGUCUUGCAAAAGAUAUUAGACUUCCACCGAGAACACACAUCGUGGCAUGUGGCACACAUCACUACACACUUUGGCUUCCUGGAGGCUCUCAAGAAUGAGGAGGUGCUUAGCUAUCUCAAUGUGCCUGAGGCAGAGGAGGGGCUCUAUCCUCUACAUGUGGCUGUUGAGAAUGAGAGUGAGAAGAUCAUUGCAGCACUCAUGGCAGCUGGGGCAACACUGGAUGUGACUGAUGCAAAAGGCAACACUCCCUUGCAUGUGGCAGCCACUAAGUCUGUUGCAGUGAUUCAGGCUCUUAAGGUCAAGUUCCAUACGGUUCUGAACAGAAAGAAUCAUGAUCAAGAAACACCCCUUCUCUUGGCAGCUCAGUGCAGUAAACUUGAGAACAUCAAGCACCUCAUACAGAUCGGAGCCAAUGUGAAUCAUCAUGAGGAAGUGGUGGAUCCUUCCACCAACCCCUCAUACUGGGAAAAAGUAGAAAAGCUGUGUCAGUCCAAGGAUGUCAGCUCAAAGGAUUUGCACAAAGGAGGAAACUUGCUCCACUGGGUAAAAACAAGGGAGCUGUGUGACCUCUGUCUUGAUAUUGGCUGUGACCCAAACCUCUUAAAUUCCUUGCAUCAGACGCCCUUACAUGUGCUGGUACUGCGGAACAGAAUGCAGUGCAUUGUGACCUUACUGUGUCGGGGGGCAAAGGCAAAUUGUGCUGACCAGGAAGGCAUCACUCCCUUGCACAUGGCUGCAGGACUCUGUUCCACCACCCUUGUUCAGGCGUUUAUUGUCUUUGGAGGAGAAAUAAAUGCUGAAAACAAGAGGGGAGAGACACCAAGACAUCUGGCAGCGGCAUGUAAGGUGGAGGACAAGAUGAAGGCCUCUGAGCGGGACAGAGUGAUCUACCUCUUGCAUACAGUUGGUGCUAAAAGGUGUGCUGUGAAGCUUGCAGCAUGUUCCGAUGGCUGUGUGGAGGAAGGAAACUUCAAUGGUGUGCCUUUGUAUGAGAAGCCUCUCCUCCGCUCUCGUUGGGUUAUGGAUGAGCAGCUAUACCGCCGACAAACUUCUGAAUCUAUAAGAUGGCAGUUGGCUAACCGAAACCACCUGCAACGGACGGGCCGUGUGUUAUGCCUGGAUGGGGGCGGCAUCAAGGGCCUCGUGAUGACCCAGAUGCUCUUUGUGCUGGAGGAGGUGCUGGGUCGUCCCAUCCAGGAGUGCUUUGACUGGAUCUCAGGAACUAGUACAGGGGGUUUUCUAGCCCUAAUGCUCUGCAUGGGAAAGUCUGUGCAAGAUGUGCAGUCACUUUACUACAACCUGAAGGAGAAAGUUUUCGUGGGAGGACGUCCUUAUGAGGCUGGCCCACUUGAGGAGAUACUUAUCAAAGAGUUUGGGGAGGACACAGUCAUGAGUACCAUCAAGUCUCCCCGAGUUAUGGUCACUUCCACUCUUGCUGACCGCCUGCCUCCUGAUUUGCACCUCUUUCGCAACUAUGAGUCCCCAAUGAGUGUUUUGGGUAUGCAAGAGGACAGUGUCUUCAUGCAUACUCAUCCACCUGACAAACAAAAAAUAUGGCUGGCAGCUCGGUGCUCUGGUGCAGCUCCCACUUAUUUUAGGACAGUUAAGAAAGAGGAUGGCAGUAAGAGAGUACAUCAGUCCUCUGGUGACACUUGUGCCAGUGAAAAGUUCCUAGAUGGUGGACUAGUAGGCAACAACCCCAUACUGGAUACCCUGACAGAGAUAGAGGAGUGGAACAUGGCAGUGAGGUCAAAGGGAAGGGAGUCUGAAGUUUUCACUCCUACAGUGGUUGUUUCCCUCGGGUGUGGAAAGCCCCCAGUAAUGUUGGUCGACACAGUGGAUGUGACCAUCCCUAGUUUGAUGGAUGUGCGUAGAGGACUGCAGGCCAUGUACAACCUGUUCAAUGUGUUGGUGGAACAAGCCUGCAGCUCAGAGGGUCGUGUCACUGACCGUGCUCGUUCCUGGUGCUCUACCCUACAUGUGCCAUUCUUCCGCUUUAACCCUCAGCUCUCUCAAGACAUUGCCUUGGAUGAGCAUGAUGAUGAGUGCCUCAUGAGGAUGAUGUGGGAGACCAGGGCAUACAUGAAGUCCCAGGCCAAGGUUCUUACCCAACUGAAGUCUCUUUUAGUUGAAUCUGACACUAUCCAUCAUCCUACCCCUUUGAGAGUCAGGAGGAGGAGUUCCCACACUCCACAUUCGUCAUCUGCAGAUGCUCCAGAUACCCCUCACAAACUGCUGUCAGAAGGCAACUCUCCUGAAGAGGAGGUUAGCUUCCAUUCUACACUUCUAGACUGUAAUGUAGAGAGCAGUGAACGGGUGCUCCUAGAAGAAGAAGCCUCACCAAGUCACCCUCCUACUCCAGAACCUCUAAUCUCUCCAGACUAUGUGUCCAGCAGUGAGGCACCAUGUUCUUCCCCAGAAGAGGCCUGUGAAGGCUCAGAAAAGACUCCUUCGUCUGAGAGUCCUCUUGACCCUGCCACCAGUAACAUGGGCUGAGCUCUUACAUCUGCUAUGCAGUUCUCUGUUGCCAAAUUUCUAUUGUAGCCUGAUAACUUUAAAAGUCACAUGAAUUAGAAUUGUGUUAAGCUUCAGCAGCUAUAUAAUUUGGGGUAUAAUUAAACAGCAUUUUAAUUUAAUUUUGGGCAUAAAGAAGUGCUUGGUUUGAAUUAAUUGUAGGAUUAUUGUGCAUUUGCUUAUGUUCUUAUUCUGUAUGAAUCUAAAAGUCUUAAUUAUAUUGCCCUCAUCU